AAAACCCAGUGCCCGACUCCAAUGAGCCUCAGAGCAGCAAUCACCUUUUCAAUUCCCAUAGUCCAUCUGACCACUUUGAGCGCUGAAUAAACCUCUCUUAAUCGAAGCCAGAGUACAUUGCGCUACCAGAUAGCACCCGCAUUUUCGCUCGCCUCACCACAACUCCAACCCAAAAGCUUGCGCACUGGGCUCUUGCCCUGUCUCUGCUCCAAAUGGCAUGCUCCUACGGUGUCGCCGAUAUCCCAGAAUUCCUCGCAGCCAAAGCUCAAGCUGCUGUUGAACAGCCCCGCCCCGUCACAAACCAACUUUCCCGUGCCGCGUUGCCUUCUGCAGAACCAUACCGUCAGAUCCAAAGUAUAUUACUAGAGAAGCUACCUUUGAACUGUAGGCUCUUGAUCUGGACAUACGUCCUUCAGGCGCCCUAUACGAGGAUAGAGCGCUGGCGACCAUCCUACUAUGGGUCAUCGAUUACUGCAUAUGGAGUGGAGGCUCUUGACGCUGACUGCUUUCCUUAUCGAUUAAGCACACCUGAUACAGAGAUGCACGAGGGUACGAAAAAGCAUGAGAAGCCAUUAGCUUUGCUGUUAUCGUGCCGUCAACUGUACGCUGAAGCGCUGCAACUGCUCUACUCGUCAACAACACUAGUAUUCGCAAAUCCAACGGAUAUCUACUGCUUCCAAGUAACUGCAUCACCCAAGGGCCUCGCGAGUGUAAACGGCUUGAUCAUUGCAUUCGGGAAAAUUGACUGGCCGAACAACGGUCCUUUCCACCACGAAGACGGGUUGAAGGAGUGGGAACACGCGUUCUACAACCUCGACAAAAUGCCCUCCUUGCGUGAGCUGCAAGGCUGGUUCUACCACGGCGAAUUUAACAACCCUAAAGAGCUUGUCUGGGCACGACGUCCUUGGGAUGAAAGAAUGGAAAGCGAGGCUGUCGAGCAGAGGCAUAAAAGGCUCUUUGAUCUGUUUGGAAACGUGGAUGUACCGAGUUUCACCAUCAAUCUAACUUGGAAACCAGAAGAUCUUCUUUCGCAGAGGGCGUGGCCUUUUGAGAUCAAUGUACAAACAAAUGAUGAGAUAUUUCGUAGGAUGUUGAAGUUUCCGUACCCGAUAGAGCUAGACAUGUAUAGCUAGAUCCGCUUGAGCAAGAAUGUACGCAAGAGAUUGGAGUCCUUCAUACUUAACUAUUAUAUAGUUUUGAUAUAUCACGAAUAGGUAUUACAUAAAAAGUAAGCUACUCAAAAGCCGG